AUGCCAGAACGCCAAGAACAUGUUCGUGGAAACGAACCGGUGCCAGAACGCCAAGAACAUGUUCGUGGAAAAGCGGUGCCAGAACGCCAAGAACAUGUUCGUGAAAAUGAACCGGUGCCAGAACGCCAAGAACAUGUUCGUGGCAACGAACCGGUGCCAGAACGCCAAGAACAUGUUUGUGGAAACGAAACGGUGCCAGAACGCCAAGAACAUGUUCGUGGAGAAGAACCGGUGCUAGAACGCCAAGAACAUGUUCGUGGAAACGAACCGGUGCCAGAACGCCAAGAACAUGUUCGUGGAGAAGAACCGGUGCUAGAACGCUAA